AUGGUGAGGUUCGAGUCGUGGCCGCUGGCGGGUCUUCAGGUGGGCGCGCUGACGGUCGUCGCUCCCGGCGACGCCGAGGAGGUGCGCGGGCCCGUCCUGACCGUCGACGCGAAGGGGCGCUGCCUCGUGGACUUCGACAGGAGGCAGCGGCGGGUGGGGAGGGCGCACUCGGGGGAGGAUGCGCGCGUCGUGCGGCUGUGCAGGAUGGACUACGACCUCACCGCCGUGCGAUGGUGGAGGCGAGGGGUCGAGGGCGCGAGCGACGGGCUGCGUAGCGUCGUCCUGUGCCUGGGCUCGCCUCCCCAGCUCACGUCCGGCAGACGCAUCACGAACCCGGGCGUCGACAAGGCGGAGAAGCACGUCUGGGGCGCGAGGGGGCAGGCCGAGGACUUCACGGGAGGCGCCGCGCGGGCCACCCCGAUCCACAUGUUUGCGUUCCGCACGCCGGAUGAUGUGAACCACGCGGUGGCGGCGAUGACGCGCGCGGCGCCGGGUCUGAGGAGCGCGGAGGCGCCGGCUGGAGCGCCGUUGGACGGAUGGAUGAGUCCCGGCGACGUCGACGCGUUUCUCGACCGCGCACAGCUGGCGCCUCCUCGGGGGGGGGCGCACGACACCGGGAAGAGGGACAGGCCGGAGGGGCGCGUGCUCGUGCCGCCGAGGAAGCGUCGCGAGCUCGGCGGCGACGACGACCCGGGGUUCGUGGGGUGA